UUUACUAAGAACUUUGAGGAAAAUUUUAAGAGUUUUUCAAUAUCUGUUAAUGAAACAUUGGAGAGUAUUCUUGAAGAUCUACAUAAUUCCAAAACUCAACUGCUUGAUAUUUCUUCACGACUCCCAAAAGUCUUCCCACAAGACUGCAUGGAACUUUUGCAAAGCAAUCCCGGUUUAAAAGGGAAAAAUGGAAAAUACGAAAUAUACCUGGACGGGGAUAAGAAACCCGUGUACUGUGACAUGAGUACUGACGGGGGAGGGUGGACGGUCAUACAAAAACGAGUUGACGGGUUAACAGAUUUUUAUCGUACUUGGGAAGAAUAUAAAACUGGAUUCGGCGAUCCUUCUAAAAGCUACUGGAUAGGUAACGAGGCCAUACACUUACUCACAAAGGAAGGCAGGAAUGAACGCCGUGUUUAUAUUGAGAGAUAUAGCGGUGAAAAAACCUUUGCUAGAUAUUCUAGUUUCUCAGUAGGAGACGAGCAGAGCAAAUACAAACUGAGUGUAUCAGGUUAUAAUGGCACUGCAGGGGAUGGACUAACUUAUCAUAGCGGAGCAAAUUUUACAACAAAAGAUCAGGAUAACGACGAAAGGGAGUAUGGAAAUAGUGCUGAAAUGCGUCAAGGCGGUUGGUGGUACCAGACAGGAUACGUUUCCCACCUGAAUGGGGUGUAUGCUGAUAGUGCCACAAAAGAUCUUAAGAACAUUCAAUGGAGUCAUCUCGAUUCCUUGAAAAGUACUUCAAUGAUGAUCAGACCUUUGCUUUAAAGACUAAAUGUCAAGGAUAUAACGUACGUUUCGUUCUAUGCAACAUGAAAAUAUGUGCAAUGUUUUCGUAAUAUCUUCAUUCUUGCUUUCAUACCAGUAUUUUCUUGUAAUGAAAAAAAAAUGCAUUAAAAUUACAUUCUUUAAAGAUUAAUUGUUCAUACUUUUUAGAAUUCUGAAUUAUUAACAAUAUUAACUAGUGUUCUGUAGAAAAAAAUCAAUUACAUCAUUUAUAUAUUUUUUUUUUUUCAAU